AUGGGGAGUAGCCUACCCCGGGCUCGCUCCACAACCUAUGGAUGUGCUGGACGGGGUUUCAGUUGGUUUUCAGUUUUGUGCGCGGAUGGCCGCAUGUUGGUUCACCUCUCCUCUCGGUGUCCCCCUACUCUUUUUUUAAACUAUGUGGCAGGCGUUUUUUCCUCAUCUCUAAAUAUUCCAACGAGGCGAGUGUGAGAAACGAGACUUUUGCGUCCGGACAAGGCGAUUUCUGACGGAAGACAACCUGAAGACUAAUUGCUGUGGAUCUCUCAGUCUCAAGGGACGUCAAUUUAAUACUCGGAAACUGCAGCGACAGUCACUUGACACUGGGGAAGAGCUCUGGUCAGUCUGAAGUGAAGGGUCGCUGAGCUCGGACACUCUUCUUCCACUGAUUCACAAUUGCACACAUACUGUCGGGAGAAAGUCACACACACACAGACGCAUCUGCAAAACAGCAUUUACUCACAUGCACACAUAGACUCUUGGGUUUGCACACACAUACAUACAUAUAAGAACUCAUACGUACAAAAACAUAGACGCAAGUUCACAAACAGGAUGAGGGAACCCUGGAGGUGCCUGUUGGGCCUCUACCUCCUGGCCAGCACAUUCUCCACUCACAGUGCAACCAAUCCCUUCGCCGGGCAGCAAAACCCUCCAGACCCUUGCUACGACGACACAGGUGCAGCCCGCCGCUGUAUCCCCGAGUUUAUCAACGCCGCCUUUGGUAAAGAGGUGAUGGUGUCCAGCGUCUGCGGUCGGCCUCCAUCGCGUUCCUGUAGCGUGGUGGAGCGCGGGGACGAUCGACCCUCUGUGCGCACGUGUCAAAUUUGCGAUGCGGCCGACCCUCGCCGUGCCCACCCGGCCUCCUACCUCACCGACCUCAACUCAGCCCACAACCUCACCUGCUGGCAGUCAGAGAAUCUGAACACCUCUCCUUACAAUGUGACUCUCACCCUUUCGUUGGGGAAAAAGUUUGAAAUCACCUACGUCAGCCUGCAGUUCUGUUCGCCACGACCUGAGUCCUUGGCCAUAUACAAGAGCAUGGACUAUGGCAAGACCUGGAUGCCCUACCAGUUCUACUCCUCUCAGUGCCGGCGUAUGUACAAUCGGCCCAACAAAGCAACCAUUACCAAGCAGAACGAGCAGGAGGCUCUAUGCACAGAUGGCCACACUGACCUCUAUCCUCUCUCUGGUGGACUCAUUGCUUUCAGCACUUUGGAUGGACGGCCCUCUGGUAAAGACUUUGACAACAGCCCGGUGCUCCAGGACUGGGUGACAGUCACAGAUAUCCGUGUGGUCUUCAACCGGCCCCAGCUUCCCCGGGAGCUGGCGCUGGGGGCCGGCAGCAACAGUGGAGGGAGGGACGACGACCCCAUGGCCGUGACAUCGACACUGCCAACUUAUUUCUAUGCAGUGGGAGACUUCCAGGUGGGCGGGAGAUGUAAAUGCAAUGGACAUGCCUCACGUUGUCUGAAAGACAAGGAAGGCAAACUGGUGUGUGACUGCAAACACAACACAGAAGGACCUGAAUGUGACCGCUGCAAACCCUUUCACUACGACCGGCCGUGGCAGAGGGCCAACGCCCGCGAGGCCAACGAGUGUCUGCCGUGUAACUGUAACCUUCACGCCCGUCGCUGUCGAUUCAACAUGGAGCUGUACAAGCUGUCGGGGAGGAAGAGCGGAGGAGUGUGUAUGAACUGCCGCCACAACACUGCGGGACGCCACUGCCACUACUGCAAGGAGGGUUUUUACAGAGACAUGGCCAGACCCAUCACUCACCGACGAGCCUGCAAAGCCUGUGACUGCCACCCUGUGGGCGCAGCAGGCAAGACGUGCAACCAGACCACUGGACAGUGCCCUUGCAAGGACGGUGUCACCGGCAUCACCUGCAACCGCUGUGCCAAGGGCUACCAGCAGAGUCGCUCACCUGUGGCCCCCUGCAUCA